GUAAUCGGAUGAUUGAAAUAUGGCCGCUGCUGCGAAGUUAUUUCAAAGAAAUUUCUUGGCGCAAAAGGGAAUAGUAAGAUGUUUACGUAGAAAAGAAUUACAUUUGUCUGCCAGCAGGGCUGCAACUCAAGUAACUGUACGGGAUGCACUUAAUGCUGCCUUAGAUGAGGAAUUGAGUCUUGAUGACUCUGUAUUUCUUAUUGGUGAAGAAGUUGCUCGUUAUGAUGGUGCAUAUAAGAUUUCACGUGGAUUAUCUGAAAAAUAUGGAGAAAAUCGUGUUAUAGAUACACCAAUCAGUGAGAUGGGAUUUGCUGGUAUUGCUGUAGGUGCUGCAAUGGCAGGAUUAAAACCAAUCUGUGAAUUCAUGACUUUUAAUUUUGCUAUGCAAGCAAUUGAUCAGGUUGUCAACUCUGCUGCAAAAACUUAUUACAUGUCUGCAGGAGAGGUUCCAGUCCCCAUAGUGUUUCGAGGUCCAAAUGGUGCAGCAGCUGGUGUAGCAGCUCAACAUUCGCAAGAUUAUGCUGCAUGGUAUGGUAAUUGUCCAGGUCUAAAGGUUGUGUCUCCUUACUCUUCUGAAGAUGCUAAAGGUUUAUUAAAGGCUGCCAUUAGAGAUUCUGAUCCAGUUGUUGUAUUGGAAAAUGAGCUGAUGUAUGGCAUAAGUUUUGAUAUGUCUGAUGAAGCUAUGAAAGAUGAUUUUGUGUUACCAUUUGGUAAAGCAAAAAUUGAACGUGAAGGUGUCGACAUAACUUUAGUAUCGCAUUCCAGGACAGUUGGAUUUUGUUUGGAAGCAGCUGAUGAAUUAAUGAAUGUUGAUGGAAUAAAUUGUGAAGUCAUUAAUCUACGUAGCAUUCGACCGCUUGAUAAAGAAACUUUGGUGAACUCAGUUAAGAAAACCAAUCACUUGAUUUCUGUUGAAGGUGGAUGGCCAUUUUUUGGUGUUGGGUCAGAAAUAUGUGCAAUGAUGAUGGAGAGUGAAGGAUUUGAUUAUCUUGAUGCUCCAGUCCUACGUGUUACCGGUGCUGAUGUACCAAUGCCUUAUGCACAGACACUAGAGCUGUAUUCUUUACCACAAAAACAUAACAUUAUUAAUUCUGUUAAAAAUCUUUGAAUAUUCAAUAAAAUGGUUGCAAUUCUUA